UUCAACAAUUACACAUAUUCGGAAGCUUUUCAGUUUUGAGUCGCAUCCAAAUCACGCAUAAAACACUUAAUUUAGUGCAACCAAAAGCAAAAAAAAAAAAAAGCGAGUGUUAAAUUCACAAAUUUGAUCAUAAUGUCAAGUCGUAGUCUUUCAGUAUUUAAGAGAUCGUUGCUCCGGCGAAAGUGUGAGCUGCCCCAGCAGAAGGUGCCCAAGUCGCAAACUGUCAUUAAGAAGCACAUUAUCCAGCAGCGCCGUGAGCCCAAUCCAGAGUAUCAUCAUGCACCGUCGACCUAUGUGAAGAAUUUUAAGAACUACCAAGAGCAAAUCAAAAAGGAAAACACAAAUUUCGCGCACUGGAAUGCGCGUUAUCGUUGGGCCGAUUUUCGCAGACGCAUGAUAUAUGGUACACAUGAUAUUUAAAUGAUAACGGUAGACUCUGAAGCAAACUUACAUAGUAUAAUACAUUCAAUAUCCUUGAACUAUAAGAGAGAAACAAAAGUCUAAAACGUGUUCACCUACUUAAUUCCUGAAAAAAA